CUCUUUCACUUGAUCAGAAUACAGAAAAUGCCUUCUCAAAAGUCAUUCAUCACUAAGGUUAAGCUUGGAAAGGCUAAGAAGCAAAAUCGUCCUUUGCCUCACUGGUUCCGUAUGAAGUCUGACACCAAGAUUCGUUGGAAUGCUAAGAGACGUAACUGGCGUCAUACCAAGUUGAACAUCUAAGUAAUGUUCACCAACAGCAUACUCAACUCCCAAAACAAAGUUACAAAUAUCAAAUCAACUCGACUUUUUCUUUUUUAUUUUUUUAAUUUAAUUAGAUUGCAAUAAAAUCAAAAAGAAAAGUGAAUUUGAUCAACAUUA